GCGCACAACCUCUUUUCCACAACAAUUCAGCUUCCAAAAUGCAGUCGGCGGCGCAAUUACUCGACGAGUUGAUGGGCAAAAAUCGAGAUAUUUUGCCUUCAGAAAGGUCAAAAGAAAUCAGAUGGGACCAUCCCUCGGUCUGCAAAAAUUUCCUUUGUGGUUUCUGCCCACAUGAACUCUUUAUCAACACAAGAUCAGAUCUUGGUCCUUGUGAAAAGCUUCAUGAUGAAUCCUUGAGGAGGCAGUUUGAACAGUCAACGGGUCGCGACAAGGUUCGAUACGAGGACGAUUUUCUGUCGUACCUGCAACAGAUUGUGUCAGAGGUCGAUCGUCGAAUACGCAAAGGACAUUCCAGACUAGCUCUCAGUAAUGCACAACAGCAGUUAAGCGCACCCAACCAAGCCAAAAACGAGGAGCAGAUCCGCAUGCUAACAGAGCGCAUCAACACUCUGGUGGAGAAAGCUGAGGAGUUAGGAUGCAGGGGGGAAGUGGAGGAAGCUCAGGGAACGAUGAAACUGUGUGAGCAGCUCAAGGAAGAAAGAGAUGAUCUCAAAUUAGCAGCAAGUCUAGCUCUAGAUGCUGUCCUCUCCCAGGAGAAACAGAUGGAGGUCUGUGAGGUGUGUGGAGCGUUCCUCAUCGUAGGUGACGCCCAGUCAAGGGUAGACGAUCAUCUCAUGGGCAAGCAGCACAUGGGGUAUGCUAAGAUCAAGGCUACAGUGGAGGAACUCAAGACUAAACGCAUGCAGCCAAUCCUGGAGCGCGAGGAACAACGACGCAAAGAGCAGGAGGAGCGGGAAAAGAAGCUGGAAGAAGAACGUGAGGAACGUCGCAAGAGACGUGAGGAACGUGAGAAGGAACGUGAGAAGGAACGCGAAGAACGGCGCAAGAAGGAGAAAGAGCGGGAAAAGGAACGAGAGAAGGAACGUGAGAGGCGACGGUCACGUUCCAGGGACAGGCGGAGGACCAGAUCACGUAGUAAGGAUCGACGACGACGGUCACGAAGUCGCGAUAGAAAGCGUAGCCGUAGCCGUGACAAGAACCGUAGACGCAGCAGGAGCCGCAGCAGGCACAGACGAAGCAGAGAUAGAAGCAGGGACCACCGACGUCGUUCACGGUCCGGCAGCCGUGACAGACGCCGUCGUUCCCGUAGUCACUCGCGCUCCCGUCGACGAUCCAGGUCACGGUCGCGCCAUUCGCGCUCCAAGCGCAGCCACUCAGGGUCCCGUAGCCAUGACUCCAAACGCCGCGAGUCUAAGAGCCAGGAUAAUACUGGACAGGAACAGGGGAAGGAGUCAUCAGAGAAACAGGCCAAUCAUGAGACUAAGGAUGUCACGCCAAAGGAGGACAACAAUCACGACAACGUUGAGCAUGGUGGAACCACAAACGAGGCCACUAACAAUUCACAUGAAGAUGAAGAAGCUACCGCAGUUGACAAUGACCUGGAAUCCAAGACCAAACUGGGCACCCCAGGAUCCGCCAGCAAGCACACCCCAGACAGGAUGGAAGAUGGACUCACCACUAAACCUGAAGGUGACACUUACUCUGAUAACUGAUCCACAGUUUGAAGGCCCAGGGCAGUUGACGAAAACAACCUGAAGACAGAGAUCAAGACACAAAACGACGUUGUUGAUGAUGAUUGUUGCCAUGAUGAUGAGGAAAUACUCACGAUGGAUCAUCAUUGCGAGCGUCUUCAACCUUCACCAACUGCCAGGCCAUGUGGACUCUCACUGAUUGUACACUAGUAGGUUUUAUCAACUUCAAACCGAGCAAUUUCUUCAUAAAUCUAGUUCACAAUUUUUUUUUUCUUAUCUUAAUUGCACAAAAAGUUCUGCCGUUUUCACCAUAAAGUGUGUAGUUAUGCAUGGAGUCCCUUAAGUAAACCACAUGAAGCACAGUCUUUUGUAUUUUAAUGCCUCAAAUUGAGUCAUCAAAUGUGUUUAGCCAUGAAAAUGUUGUGUAAAUAAGCUUUCUGUGAGACAUCAAAUUUUGCAUCACCUUAAGAAAUGCAGAAAGUAGUUUGUUCAUAAUGCGAUACCAUUGAAAGGAAUGAUAAAUGUUAAGAUUUAUUAGUUACCUUUGUGAUGAGAUAGUAAAAUUUUCUUCCGAGUGUUCAUUUGUAAAAAAAAAAAAAAAUUGUGACACUGCUUAAUAUCUCAUUACUCCAUAUUUGUGUUUUUAACAACGAACCACAAAUUGAAACAGAUUUGCACUUACAAUGCUUGAAAAGAAAACAAGCGAUUGUAUAUACUAUUGAGCAGUGAGCACUCCACUAAGAAAUAUUUAAAAAUUGCAGUUGUAGAUGUUAGCACACUCAAAAUGUUGUAAUUUCAUGUUUAAAAGCUAAUCUUGAGAAAAGAGAGUUUUUCCUUUUCAGCAAAACUUUGCAUUCUUCCUCCAUGCAGAGUGUUAUUGCCAAAUGCCUCUCAUGGGCAGCAUACGUCCAGGGUGUACGGUUUAGUCUUACAUGAAUCAUUCUAAGGUAUGUGGUUUAGUUAGGUACUCUAGUGCACACUGACGUCUGCUCAAGCCAAUCACAAGGUGGGUCACUUUGUCUGAUUUUAUUUGUACUUUCAUUAUUUUUUUUUGUGUAAAUAGUUUUGUGCAGUCCUUAUUGUUAUACAGGGACCUGUUUUACCUUGCAUUGCUCGGAGAUGGUUGAACAUAGAGCAAAUUGAUUUAAGAUGCAUCCCCCGUGCUAUUUCAAGUUGCACCCCGAAAAAUAGAUUGGGUGUUUUUUUAAUUUUUAUUUUCCUAACGAUAUAAAAGUUAUUGUCUUUUAAAUGAGACUUCAAACGAAAAUAUCCACCAACGUUUAGUUAUUUAAUUAUUCCUUUACAAAAUUGGAAUUAUUUGCCACCCAACAAUAAUUAGGUUAUCGCAGGGCAGAUUCAUUUGUGCUCAAAAGACGCCAAAAAAUCUGGAAAAGAAAGGGUUUUUUUGUCAAACAAAACAUACAAAUUGAAAAUUUGUGAGGCGAAAAAAGUAUUCUUUUUUAAGAGCACGGGGCACAUCUUUAAGGACCGAUGGUCAACUAGUAGUUAAUUCAUCAUUGGACCUUCCACCUGCACGUUAACGUUAUAUUUGGAACAUCUCCAGUUGAAUAAUAGUCAAACAAAUUCUCAUGAUCCUGGCCCCCUGCUGUUUGUUUGAAUAUGCACAGCUAGUGGUAACCAGUGAUGCACAACUAACCUCAGUAAAAAGCUGGCCCUAAAUAGUUGAGUUGACUUGCCAACUGUCAUUUAUAGUAGACGGUUAGUCCAAUUAUGGUUGAUCAUAUUUUUCAUCAAAUUUGGUCAUAAUUGUCAAAAGUGCUCAUUAUUGACUGUGAAGAAAUGCAUUACAUUGUUGCAUUCUUCACUUUGAAAAUUCCAGAAAUAAAUAUUAAAAAUAAAAAGGUUUACAAGCCAAAAUUUUAUUCCUUUUCAUUUACUCCUCGCCACUACUUGGAUUGAGCACAUAGAAAUGCAGAUUUUUAAUUUGCAUAAAACUUGUGAGUCUGUCAUUAGGUUACUUUGAAGUAGAAAUGAUUUGAGGAAGUGAACGUUAGGUCACAAUUGUUCCAUCAAUUGCAUUUGGAACUUGUGAAAUUGACAUGAUUGUUAUAACUGGAAAAUUAUAAAUAAUAUGAAAGACUUGAGUGCAUUGUAUUAAUUGUUAUCUGAAUAACAAAUUAUGUGACUUUUGAAGAAGUGUGCAGUUUUGCGAAGAAAUGUACAACUUCUAAAGAGCUGUAAUCCAGCUAAUAUUUUGAAUCCAUUAACAAACAUCUGUAUGGCCGUCAUAGUCUGUUCUAGCCUGGGUACCAUACGGUUUGGUCCUAUACAGGUAGACAAUCCUCAUAUGUCGGCAAGACGUGUAAAAAAAUCACCAUCUUCCUGUGAGGCUAUAUUCAACAGGUACGUUAUUAGAUAAAGGCCACCCAGAUGUAAAUUUGUGUUGGUCAUUUGUAUGUGUGUAAGAUCGGUAAAUCUUUAGUUUUUGUGCACAGAAACUAUUCCAGUGGAACUGAAUAUGAAUGUAAUGAACAGAGUGCCAAGGCUUUUCCAUUGUGGAAACAUUCAGAAAGAUGUUACGUUAAAUUGUCUUAUAUUCUUUGUUUUUAUUUGUACGGCAAAAUAAUUACGACAGAUUUCAAAUGUUCAAAGCUAUUGAUGUCUUGAAAUUGAUACAUUGUGAGAAAGGUUUAUCUACGGUCUGGAAGCAUUUGUCAAAAUUCCUCUUUGUUAAUAGAUCCCAUAGUUCAUGCCUAGCUAGAGUUUGCUUGAAUGAGAAAUAAAAAAAUUGAAAUAUUUAGAAAGAUUUAAGGCAUAGGACACGGAUGUGCUUUUAUAAUUUCAAUUUGUGGGUUAUUCGUUUUAUAAUGGUAACAUUUUUGGUUCUAUAACUGCUGGGGUGAUAAGCUUGAAAUAUUGCGACAGUUUUAGAAAGACGUUACAAUUUGGAAAUCUCUAUGCUACAGACAGAAUAAAAGUUGGAAGAUUGAUAAAUAAAAUUUCCAAUGAAAGAAGAGAAA